AAGAACUUUGAAUAGGAUUAGAAUGCAAUUUGCCAUCUGGUAAAAAGUGUAUAUAUAUUGUGUUAGGAACUUUGUAUUGUACAUUUUAGGGAUUUAAAUAAACUUAAAGAUGUCUGAUGAUGAUUUUAUGGACGACGAUGAAGAGUACGAUUUGGAGUACUCAACAGAUAGUAACUCAGAACCUGAUGUUGAUUUGGAAAACCAGUAUUAUAAUUCCAAAGCGUUGAAGGAAGAUGAUCCACAGGCAUCAUUAGAGAACUUUAAAAAGGUGUUAGACCUUGAACAAGACAAAGGAGAGUGGGGAUUUAAAGCCCUGAAGCAAAUGGUCAAAAUAAACUAUAAAUUGCAACAGUAUGACCAAAUGAUGCAAAGAUACAAAGAAUUACUCACAUACAUUAAAAGUGCAGUUACGCGAAAUCACUCCGAGAAGUCAAUCAACUCUAUAUUAGAUUUUAUAUCAACUUCAAAACAGAUGACGCUGCUGCAAGAAUUUUAUGAAACUACAUUAGAUGCUCUUCGAGAUGCCAAAAACGAGCGAUUAUGGUUUAAGACAAAUUGCAAGCUUGGUAAAUUAUAUUAUGAUCGUGAAGAUUUCAUUAAACUUGGGCGUAUUAUUAAAGAACUUCGAAAAUCAUGUCAGAAUGAAGAAGGUGAUGAAGACUUAAGAAAAGGAACACAGCUUCUUGAAAUAUAUGCAUUGGAAAUUCAGAUGUAUACAGCACAGAAAAAUAAUAAAAAGCUUAAGGCGUUAUAUGAGCAAUCACUUUAUAUUAAAUCUGCUAUCCCGCAUCCUCUUAUUAUGGGUGUUAUUCGAGAAUGUGGUGGUAAAAUGCAUUUGAGAGAAGAAGAAUACGAUAAUGCUGCAACAGAUUUUUUUGAGGCAUUUAAAAAUUAUGAUGAAUCUGGAAGUCCAAGACGAAUAACAUGUUUAAAAUAUCUUGUACUUGCAUAUAUGUUGAUGAAAUCUGACAUUAAUCCAUUUGAUUCUCAAGAGGCAAAACCAUACAAAAAUGACCGAGAUAUAUUGGCAAUGACAAAUCUGGUUAGUGCAUAUCAGAACAAUGAUAUUGGGGAAUUUGAGAAGAUAUUAAAAUAUAACAGGGAGAACAUAAUGGAUGAUCCGUUUAUAAGGGAGCACAUUGAAGAUCUUUUAAAAAAUGUUCGAACACAAGUUCUGGUGAAGCUAAUAAAACCAUAUACAAGAAUUCACAUACCAUUUAUAUCAAAAGAGCUUAACAUUGAUGCCAACGAUGUUGAGAGACUUCUUGUUCAAUGUAUUCUUGACAGCACAAUUCAUGGACGCAUAGACCAAGAGCAUCAGUUACUCGAGCUGGACAAAGCAACAGUUGGGACAGCCAGGUUUAUGGCUUUGGAGAAAUGGACUUCACAGUUAGAAUCAUUGCAUGUGGCAGUCUGUAAUAAAAUUGCAUAAUCCCAAUUGUUGUGAAAAACAUUAUAAUAAGAACAACAUGUUGUUAAUGUGUUUAUUUCUAAAGAUUAAAUGCUCAAUUUUAAA